CCCGCCGCCCGGCUCAGGUCCCGGCACCCAGAGUCGCUGGGCCAAGGGCCGGGGCCGCGGGGCGAGGGGCAGGCCGGCGAGCCGCAUGGAGCCCCGGGCCGCGGACGGCUGCUUCCUAGGGGACGUGGGUUUCUGGGUGGAGCGGACCCCCGUGCAUGAGGCAGCCCAGCGGGGUGAGAGCCUGCAGCUGCAGCAGCUGAUCGAGAGUGGCGCCUGUGUCAACCAGGUCACAGUGGACUCCAUCACGCCCCUGCAUGCGGCCAGUCUGCAGGGCCAGGCACAGUGUGUGCAGCUACUGCUGGCAGCUGGGGCCCAGGUGGAUGCCCGCAACAUUGAUGGCAGCACCCCACUCUGUGACGCCUGCGCCUCGGGCAGUGUUGAGUGCGUGAAGCUCCUGCUGUCCUAUGGGGCCAAAGUCAAUCCCCCCUUGUACACAGCGUCCCCCCUGCAUGAAGCCUGCAUGAGUGGGAGUUCUGAAUGUGUGAGGCUUCUUAUUGACGUGGGAGCCAAUCUGGAAGCACACGAUUGCCAUUUUGGGACCCCUCUGCACGUCGCCUGUGCCCGGGAGCAUCUGGACUGUGUCAAAAUGCUGCUCAAUGCAGGGGCCAAUGUGAAUGCAGCCAAACUUCACGAGACGGCCCUUCACCACGCGGCCAAGGUGAAGAACGUGGACCUCAUUGAGAUGCUCAUUGAGUUUGGAGGCAACAUCUAUGCCCGGGACAACCGGGGCAAGAAGCCGUCCGACUACACGUGGAGCAGCAGUGCCCCUGCCAAGUGCUUCGAGUACUACGAGAAGACACCUCUGACCCUGUCACAGCUCUGCAGGGUGAGCCUGAGGAAGGCCACUGGCGUCCGCGGGCUGGAGAAGAUCACCAAGUUAAACAUCCCUCCCCGGCUCAUUGAUUUCCUUUCCUACAACUGAACAGCGGGAGCAGGGGCCAGGCAGGCUGGGACUCACCUGGCCGCUUCCCUGGCUGUGCCCAGUGCUGGGUUGGAGAGAUUCUGCCUGUUUGUUUGAAACGGCAUAAAUGCUAUAGAUAGAAUGGCGCUCCUUUGAGUGCUUUCUGGCUGUCCUGUUCCAUCUUCUCUCCUGAAUCCUGGGAUAUUUCCAAGGCAUCGGGAAGGCCUGUGUCUCAGAUCACAGUUGUGGCUGUGUCCCUGUGCUGUCUCACCAGUCUCCCUCUUUUCUCCAACCUGCCUCAAAGGCUCUCUCAGGACAGGUGGCUUAAGGAGAACCGAGGAGGCAGGCGGGGCUGGGGCCCCAGGCACUGCUGUCGGUUUCCAUGCUACAGACACACCUGGUCCCAGCUGCUGGCCAUCUCUGAGCCAGCACCAGGCAGCCCUUCGUGUUCAAAGGUGGGAUCCUGACCCCGUGGCCUGGGACAGCCACUCUGCUACCACUUGGAUGCUUUUUCUGGAGAAGUGGUUGGCAUUCUCCAUGCCCACCUGUGCCCGGGUGUAUCUGUCACUCAGGGGCUUUAUAUGGAUCUUAGUGGGGGAAGGCUCUGGCUUUGUACCCCCACAACUAGCACAGUGUUUCUUAGGAAGUUUGUCUUCAAUAUUAGGUCUCAACUCUUUAAAAAAAGUUUACGUGGGAUAAAAACUUUUAGCAGUUGUCGAGGCUGCUGUAACACUAAUGUUUUGUAAAUGAGCCAUUCAAACAGAAGAGGACAUGAUGGCAUGUUAGUGUAUGUCUCACGGAAGUCAUUUCCAUUAUAAAGGGCUGUUGGGAGACUCCUUAGGGAUUGUUUUUCAUCUGUUUCCACAGUUGCCAAAUGAAUUUUUCACCCACCUGAAGUUUCGCUAACUCCUUGAAGCUAUAAAAUGAGGAGAAGCAGUUGCCAGCACCCAGUGGGUGCUAUCACUCGCUAAUCCUUCCAUUUUUGUGGAUAAUAACAGUAACUGAUUCUACAUGAUAAGCCACAAGGUGAAAUAUUUAGUAGUCUAUUCAGACUGCAUUUGCCCACCUAAAAUUCUGUAUCUCAACAACAACAAAAGCCACACACAACAGGGAGAUGAACUAGAGGAAUUUUGUAUAGUUAAUUCAGGUGUAUCUGGUUUCUGGGGAAAUGGAGACAGCACCACUUAUGAAUGUUCACGUGGUCAGUGUGCCCAGAAAUGGGAACAGGGUGGUCACCAGAUACUUCCAGGUCUGCCUCAGCCUCCCACCCCUAAAUAGCAUGAGACGGAGCCGGCCCAGGUGAUGCCAAUUGUGUCACAUGACCAGAGGCAUCUCUCCACACGGUUACUUGGGUGGGGCCACAGAUCUGGUGAAAAACUUCAUGCUGGUGCCCUGAGUAUUUCCUUUCUCCAGUGUGUUAGCCGUCGUCGUGGCGGGACUUCCUCUUAAACCGAGAAGAGCCAUUCUCAUUCUGUUAUAGUCUUAGAUACAAGUUCUGGAUAAAUCAUUGUUUCUGCAUGGAAUAAUAAUUUUUUUAAAAAAGCGUUGGGUUCUGCCCCUUUCAUCUUCAUAAAGAAACUUGCCUCUAGCCAUGAAAUCUGCAACCAUGUCUACCCCGUAUAACACUUAGUACAGACCAGAUCCCCACACUCAAUGAAAUAUUGCUCAAUAAAAGUGGGUGAAUGAGGUUUA